GCCACACAGAGAAUCAUCGCUUCGCCACCAAGAGUACUACUCUGUUCCUGAAGAUUGCCCUUUCGAAGAGCCCGUCCUCGAACCGAACUCUGAACUCAUUUUCUAUUUUUCAGUAGAAACUCUUAUACAUGGAUUUAGGCACUGCAAGGCAUUGCCUGGACAAACACGUGACAUGGUUCUUAAGAAAUCCGAGAACAUCAGGUGGGGAAAAUAUUCACAAACUUCCAUAUAAUGUAGCUGGUUGGAAUUUGAGAAUGGGCUACCAAAGGUUGACUCACUCACAUCAAUCUUCUACUGGAAAGCAUCCUAUGGCCCAUAUGUCCUGGAGAAGAUAUUCAAUGUCUGUUAGUUUGGAGGAGUCUUCAUCGCUAAAGUCAGAAGAUUAUUCUAGUAGUGAUGAUGCAAUUGAAAUGCCAGAGGAAGUUCUUGCUCAACCACUAGGAAGUGACGAGCUGAAGUCACUGUUGGCUGAUUCUGAAAGAGAAAGGCUCAUUAAAAAAUUAAGUGAAGCAAAUCAACAAAAUCGCUUUCUCAAACGACAGUUGUACAUAAAGGAGGACGCGUUGGUAAGUUUCAAAAGUGAACUUGCUGUCAUGGAACUUGAAAUUCAGGGUUUGGUCACACUUGCAGAAGAAAUAGCUAAAUCUUCCAUUCCAGCAGGUUCAAGAAAGAUUAAUGGGAGAUACAUUCAAUCUCACCUUCUUUCCCGUAUAGAAGCUGUACGUGAAAAGCUGAAGGAACAGAUAAAGGAUGUGGAUGGUGCGCAAUCCAAGGAGGUUUCCUUAUUCUGGUGUGGCAUGGCUGAGAGUGUGCAAGUAAUGGGAACCUUCGACGGAUGGAGUCAAGGAGAGCACUUAUCACCAGAAUACACUGGUUCUUUCACCAAUUUCUCAGCAACGUUGAUGCUAAGACCUGGAAGGUACGAAAUCAAGUUCUUGGUGGAUGGAGAGUGGCACCUAUCCCCAGAAUAUCCUACCGUUGGUGAGGGACUAAUGAAAAAUAACUUAUUAAUUGUGGAAUAAUUGCAGGUCUGCUGUUCUGGUCAAUAUUGCUAAAUACAGAGAGUGACUUGACUGACCUCUUUUCUAGUUUGAGCCUUUUUUACUCUGUUUAUAUAAAAAAAAUCUAGUAGUACACAAGCAUAAUAGAAUCUGCAAAAAUGCGAAUGUUGAAAAAAAGAAGCUCUUGCAUGAGAGAGAGAGAGAGAGAGGUGAUUUGGAAGAGCAGAAGCAAUUGACUCCAAUAGGUGGCUUGAGAACAUGCCACCUAAAUGUUUUAAAAUUCUCAUCUCACUUCUCAAACCUACCUAAUUAACUUCAUUUGCCGUUUGGAGGCAAACUUCUAGCGAUCGUGAUGUAAGACUGUAAGUUAGACUGUAAGUUGAUGGUUUUUCUAUUAUGUAUAGAUGCCCUCUUAUUUGUAUGCA